AUGUGGUGCAUAAGAAACAGGAAUUUUUGGGAACUAAACCCCGCUACUUCUGGAAGUUGGAUUUGGAGGAGCUUAUGUAAGCUAAGAAUGUGUGCUAGGCCUUUUUUGGUCUGUGAUAUUGGGUCCGGAAUUACCGCGAGCUUCUGGCACGAUAACUGGACUGAUUAUGGGCCUUUAAUCGAUCUGGUUGGGCCUCUUGGUCCUCGUGUUACUGGACUGCCUACGAAUGCUGUGGUGCGGGAUGCACUGAGGGGUCGCAGCUGGUGGAUCUCUUCUUCCAGAAGCAGGAAUCCAGUAAUUACUCUCUUACGGAAUUUGUUACUUUCUCCUGAGAAUAUGGUUGAUUGUGAGCAGGACGACACUUAUUUGUGGAAACCUGAUCAAAACGCACCGUCUAACCGGUUCUCCACGGCAAAAACUUGGUUAGCUCUUAACCCGAUUGGCCCAAUCAUUCCUUGGCACAAAUCUGUCUGGUUUAAGGAUCGGAUCCCGAAACACGCUUUCAUUUGCUGGGUGGUGGCAUGGAAUCGUCUUCCCACUCGGGAUAGGCUCCGCAGCUGGAACAUGGCUGUCCCUUCUGCCUGCGUUUUGUGCUCCUCACAUGAUGAAUCUCGCGACCAUCUCUUUUUUAGGUGUGCGUUUAGCUCUGGAAUCUGGAGUUAUUACACACGCAAGGCGAAUUUAACUCCUCCAAGUCAAUUUAUGGACUGCCUAAUUUGGCUUCAGACUGCUUCUCGCGAUAGGAAUGUCUCUUACAUUCUUAAACUCCUAUUUCAGGCCUCCAUUUAUGCUAUUUGGAGGGAGCGAAAUUCUCGCAUACAUUCGGAUUCAAAUCGAUCCUCUCAGUCCAUCAUCAAGGAAAUCAACCUCACGAUUCGAGCCAGGCUCGAUCCUUUGUCUAGGGCUCGACGUCCCUCCUCUUCUUUAGGGUCUCUCCUUUCCUCCUGGUUUGGUGUGUUUCAAACCAGGGGUGCUUCGCUUUAACUUGUUUGUUUGUUGUUGUCGUGCAGGUUGUCUGCAGUUUGUGUUUUUAUUUUGGGCCAUGUGGCUUUGUUGGGCUUAGGCCUUGUAAUGUUUAUUUAAUGGAAAUUUAAAAUUAAAAAAAAAAAAAAAAAA